CACUACUGGACAGGACGACACUUUCACUCUUGACAGGACACGAUCAACCUGAGCAGACAGGAUAGAGUUGCUGUUUUCCGUUUCAUGAUCUGUAAAGUUUCGUCGUGAGGAGAAUGGCCAGCCCUGGGAUGCUGCUGCUGUGUCUGUGUGCCGGCUCUCUGGUGACCCACAGCGGCGCGCUCGGGACUCGAAGGCUGUGCGGGAUCCAGCUCGUGGACGCGCUGCUGCUCGUCUGUGGAGAGAAGGGUCUCUUCUCCCAGCCUGCCAGGCGGGUCAGAGAGCACGCUUUCCGUGUCAUGAUGAGGAGCAGUGUCCCCUUCCUGUGGCAGACUGGAGCAACUGCUCCGAGUGGAGAGAGAGGUUCUGUUGCAAAGAGAGGCAUUGUGGAGCAGUGCUGUCAUUUCUACUGUGACUAUUACGACCUGGAGAAUUACUGUAACACAUAGAGAGUCUGCUGCAUGCACUUCACCUGAGUAAUAACUUGCUUCAUUUAACUACUGGUCUGGGAUAUGGUAGGCCUAUUUGGAUGAUACCAACCUAAUUAUGAACACUGGUAAAUUAAGGAUCACUUGAAAU